UGAAUACAACCAAUUAUGGCAAUAAAUAUUCGAUGUGCAAACACUAAAGAUUUAUUGAAUAUUCAACAUUGUAAUCUACAGUGUUUACCAGAAAAUUAUCAAAUGAAAUAUUAUUUAUAUCAUGCAUUAUCUUGGCCUCAAUUAAGUUAUGUUGCUGAAGAUGAAAAGCAUCGAAUUGUUGGUUAUGUUCUUGCAAAAAUGGAAGAAGACUGUGAAGAUAAUCCCCAUGGUCAUAUCACUAGUUUAGCUGUAAAGAGAUCUCAUAGGAGAUUAGGAAUAGCACAAAAGUUAAUGAAUCAAGCUUCUAGAGCAAUGGUUGAAUGUUUCGGAGCUAAAUAUGUUUCGUUACAUGUUCGAAGAAGUAAUCGUGCUGCAUUGAAUUUAUAUACAAGUAGUCUACAUUUUGAAGUUUCUGAAGUUGAACCAAAGUAUUAUGCCGAUGGUGAGGAUGCAUAUGCAAUGAAAAGAGAUCUGACAAAUUUUCAACAAGGAUGCUCUGCAAAUGAAAUAAAUGAUGUAAAUUUUCAAUUGUCUAAUAGAAAAUGUUGUGAACAUAGCACAUAAAUAAAACUAAAUUAAAAUACA